UGAUCCUAAUACGCAGGUAGUGUUAAGUUUUAUAAAUGUAACUUUCGAAUCUUUAGUUAAGUAGCCACUAGAAGACGCGCUGGACUGGUAGUGGUGACUGUAAGGAUGAUGGUGGUAGUAAUGUUAGUGUGACAGUUGUAGUAGUAGUGUACCGUCGGUGCUAGUAGUGGUGGCAAAAGUGCAGGGUGGAGAUCACGUACGAACGGAGGAGAAAGGAUCGUUUGAGAAACGGCGAGAAAAGGGUGGGAGAAAGUACGUCGAGUAGGGGGAUGCGCGCCGUAUUAAAAUGCUGACUCUUACCGCGCAGCGUGGGAGUUAGUUCUGGUGAUGGCGCCAGCCAGCUCACUCGCUCAACUAACCCACCAUCCCGACCCUCCGAUCCUCCAUCUCCCGACCACCGGCAGACGACGAAGCAACCUCCACGCUCGCAACCUCCUCUCGCUGAUUCUACUGAUCCGCAGCAGCAGCAGCAGCAGCAGGAACAGCAACAGCAGCAGCAGCAAUAGCAGCAGCGAAUCAGCACCGAGUCCGGCACAUUCUACGACGUGCAGUAUCAAAAGAAAUAGCAACGGUAGAAGAAGAAAGAGAAGCAACAAGAGCGAGAGCAGUUAGCCGUGGGCAGAGUCAGUUAAAGGGAGGAAAAGAUAGAAACACCGACGGCAACGGUGGUAACAGCAGGGAAGAGCGCAGAUAGCCGAGCUAUGAGAGAUUAAUCGUUUUGCUUCCGGUUCCCCGGAAAACAACUACACUCCUCUCAACUGAAAAAAGAAAACUCUAGAAAGAAGGGAGUGAGAGAGAAAGAAAGAGAGAAAGAGAGAGAUAGAGAGAGAGAGAGAGAGAGAGAGAGAGAAAGAGAGAGAGAAGGAGGAGGCAAGAAAAGGACUAUGGUGUCGUAACACGCGCGCCUCUGCACGAACGGACGCACGCACCGCGAAAGAUCACGUCACCGAGCAGCCCUCGCCGCUACAUCCCCACCCUCGAUCAACCCCUAUCGCCAGCACCACCACCGUCACCGUCACCGUCACCGUCGUCGUCGCCGUCGCCGUCGUCGUCGCCACCACCACCACAGCUGCCGCCACCGCCGCCGCCGCCGCCGCCGCCGCCACAGCCGCCACCACCACCGCCGACGCUGCCAAGAUCAACCGCAAGAACGCCUUACAACGGAUGGAUCGUCAUUGCGGCUGAAACCCCUUGCCGCCGGUAGAGACUCCGAGCACUCCGUAUGAAGGCGGUACGCGUACGACCACCCACGCACGAAACAUCCCCGAAGACGUUAACGUCCGUGCCACCCUUCUUAUUCUUCUUCUGUUUCUUCUCCUUCUUCUACUUCUACCACUACUUUACACCAUUCGCUGGCUCCUUUACUACCGCACAACAACGGGACUCUCUUCUCGCUACUCUCGCGGUGAUGGUGUAAUGAAUCUUCUGGCAGUCAGCACCGGAAGAAUCAACGCCAAUAACAACACAACCGGCUAUUCGAUAUUAGCUAACCAUACGGAGGAAAACGGUGCUGCUGCAUGGUCAUGAAUAACAACUUGGUGAACGAUAAAAAAGCCUAUCUGAGUUUUGUGCUCUUGUGCGGCUAAAUUUAUUAUUUAAUGUGCGCGGUCCUUAAUCAUUCGCUUAUAUAUUUGCAAUAUAAAUAUAUAAUUAUACGCACGAGUUUGAUCUUAUUUCACGCGUUACAAACGUUCAAAGUAAAAUAUCAAUCAAUCUGCGAUAACGACUAAUCCUUUCUCUCUCUCUCUCUCUCUCUCUCUCUCUCUUUCUCUCUCUCACUCUCUUAUUCAUCCUUUGUGAUUUGACACCAUCGAAGAUAUACUACAAUUGCAUUGAAAAGCGUCGAAUUGAAAUCGAUUCUCGUAUUCGAGACCCCAUCAUCAUCAUCAUCAAUCCCCCGACCCUCAACUCUCUUUAUCUCUCUCUCUCUCUCUCUCUCUCUCUCUCUCUCUCUCUCUCUCGCACUUUCACCUGAACCCUUUUGUCCCUGGCCACUUCGACCACCGGUGAAUCCGAGUUACGCCGACGGUGUGUGUACGUGAAGGGGUGAAAGAGAAAAGCGGCUGAAGUAGUAAGAGAAAGCAAACGCUAGACUAUCUAGGAAAAGGAAAAAGAGGAGGAGGAGGAGGAGGAGGAGGAGGAAGAGGAGGAGGAGGAGGAGGAGAGGAGGGGGAAGAAAAAAUCACUAGAGCUCUUCGAGAGGUAUACGGGAAGACCAGAGAGAGAGAGAAAGAUAGAGAAAGAGAGACAGAGAGAGAGAGAGAGAGAGAGAUAAAAAGAAGAGGAAGAACAGAGAAAAAGUGAGAAGAGAGAGAGAGAAAAAGAGAGAGAGAAAGGGAAAACGAGAGAAAGAGAGAGUGAGACAGACAGACAGAAAGAAAGAAAGAGAGAGAGAGAGAGAGAGUACUCUUGAUCAUCACAUCAAGGUAGAAGAAGGACCGGUAAAAUUUUCCGCGUACUCAACACCGCAGAGAAGCAAGUAUCUUCACGUACAACCCAUCAAAAAAUAAUAAUAAUAAUAAUAAUAAUAAUAAUAAUAAUAAUAAUAAUAAUAAUAAUAAAAAUAAAAAUAAAAAUAUAACAAAAAAUAAAACAAUAGAAAGUUACCAAAAAAAAAAAAAGAAAGAAAAAAAAAAGAAAAGAAAAAAAAGAAAAAAAGAAAAGAAAAUUAACAUGUCACCAGCACCCAGCACCGUGCACGAGCCUCUCCUAUCAAAAUCUUCGCACGCAAAAUUGCACUCUCGCCGCAUUUUUUCUCGAGUUUACGCGUAUAGGACGAAACGAAUAUGUAAUAUCAAAGUAACAAAGAGAAAAAAGUAAAAAGAGAAAGAGAAAGGAAAAAGCGAUAUGAUAAAGAAUUUUCAACGAGUUCUUAAUCGCGAUCAUCUGUCCUUCUUAGUUCGAAAAGUCCGUUUUUGUAUAUUUUUCGGGACACCUGUUGAUAUCUCUCGCCAUGCUAUAUUAAGUAUCACUUACCUUACUGAAAUAUAAUGUCGUUUGUCAAAUACGAUAUUAUUACUCUAAUCCAUUGUAACUGGACGAUAUUUAUCGGAACUAUUGUUUAAAAGUAACAUUACGAAAGCGUAAACGCCCAUCGAGUCGUUUCGACGUUAUACGUGGUCGCCACAAGGGGAUGGCCUCGUAGUCGAGAGAAAGAAAGAGGGAGAGAGAGAGAGAGAGGGAGAGAGAGAGAGAGAGAGAGAGAGAAAGAUGAAAGUGGGAAAGAGGGAGAGAUAAAGAGAGAAAAAGAGAGAGAAAGAAAAAGAGAGAGAGAGAUACCGUUUAGCCGGUAUAUCCGCGAUACAAGGUCGUCCUUUUUACGAGAGACGUCCUCUUCUCCCUCUUCUUUCCUCUUGUUCGCGCAUCAAAAUUUUAUUAUCCCCAUCGAGAUACGUGCCUGUUGAUAUCACGAUAUUCGUACGUGCGAGAAAGAGAAAGAGAAAGAGAAAAAGAGAAAUAAAAAGAGAGAAAGAGAGAAAAAGAGAAAGAAAGAGAGAGAGAGAGAGAGAGAGAGAGAGAGACUCGAUCGUUAACGUUAUAAAGUGCUCUUAUAGUCGGUAAAUGUAACGGGAUAACGCAUUGUAAUAUAGACAGGAGCUUUAGCACGAGGAAGCCGCUGAAUCGCGAAGACGGGGAAAAAAACGUGCUCGACUCUACCCUCCCUCCAAACUACCCGUACUACAUACACGUGCCUAUUCGAUUUAGAGGACUUUAAAACUAGUAACGAUUACGAACGAGGCGAAAGAACAGAGAGAAAGAGAACGAUACACCGGUAAUUGAAAUCGUCCGUCUAGAGUCUAUAGUAAAAGGCCAUAGGGAAAGGGGACUAUAUAGCGAGAGAGAUAGAAAUAGAAAGAGAAAGAGAGAGAAAGAAAAAGAGAGAGAGAAAGAAAGAGAGAAAAAGAGAGAAAGAGUAACACACUUACCAACGAGAAACAAUAGUGAAAGUGAGAGAUAAAAGAACGACACGACAUUUUGAAGUUUGUUACAAAUAUCAAGAUUCUUCGUUAUCCAAAUCUCGUCGAUCCGCCAUCGUUCAUCGGUCUUUCGCUAUCUCUUUCUCUUUCUCUCACAUAAGAGGAUCCUUCGUAUCUUUUCUCGUUGGAUUCUUAAAAUAGUAGAAUCCAUAUCCCUCGGUGUGUAUAUUUGACUGAAAGGAAAAGUCGGCCUAAUCCACAUUCGGUACACCGAUUUCCUCUUGUAGAUCGGAGAAAAGGGAGAGUAAAGAGAGAAACUGAGAAAAAAAAAAUAUAUAUAUAUAUACAUAUAUAUAUAGAGAGAGAGAGAGGAAGAGAAAGAGAGAGAAGGAGAGAAAUAGAGAAAAAGAGAUAGAGAGAAAAAGAAAGAGAAGGGUUCGUUUUUUAUCAGGAACGUGGGCCACAUCAGAAAGGAUACGGAUUCGUAUAUCCUUAUAUAAAACGCUCGUAAAAGAGCAACCGAUAGGGAGGAAAGGAAUCGGCCAUCAUCGAGUCACGUAAGAUGACGAUCUGCAUAGUCUGGCUACUAGCAUACGUUGGACAAGUUCUCGAAUUAGAAAAUCGUCCGAUGAGCGUCGCUCACGGAAGACACGGGCAGGAUUGUCAUCACGAGGUAAGCAUCAGGAAAUUCCAGAACGGACAAAGCUCGAUAGAUGGCAACCUGUUGCACCUAAAGACGCAUCCUUACGAAGGAUCGCAUCGUGAUGACCUGUCCGAAUGGUUGGUAUAUACCGAGAAACGGCCGAUUUACUCGUGGACAACGAGCAAUAUGCUGGUCGAUGGGAUUAUAAAGGAACCUAAGAAUCUUAAUACGAACUUGUUGGCUCUCUCGCCCGGUCUAUCGAACGUCCUUUAUCCGGAAUACGUGUCCGUGACGUCUCCGUACGUUUCGGUUAGUUCGAUGUCGCGAACAACGACGGAACCUCUCGUCGACGAUGCCCUUUUUGCUCAGCAUCAACAUCGCUUUCAACGUCAACAUAAACAACAACAACAACAACAACAACGUCAGCAUCAUCACCAACAGCAACAACAACAACAACAACAACAACAACAACGGCAGCACCAGCAGCGACGUCAGUUGCAUCAACGAAACAAAAAGAGACGUAUAAUCGAUUACAGCAACAAUAAGCAAGCCGAGACCCAAGCGGUCGAGUUACCAAUUUUGAUCUAUUACAACGGCGAGAAGAUCCUUCCAGACAGAAGACAAUCUGAUCAAGAGGAUGUCUACGAGCAGAGACUGAAUUCGCCGAUGAAAUUGAAGACUGAACCGAUCUACGAGCGUUUCUCCAAGCCUUCUUUGUCUUCUAUCAUCUCGUCCUCACUCCCAUCUUCUUCUUCUUCUUCUUCUUCUUCUUCUUCUUCUUCUUCUUCUUCUUCUUCUUCUGCUUCUUCUUCUUCUUCUUCUUCUUCAUCUUUUUCUUCUGCUUCUACUUUAUCCUCUUCGCGAGAAUUUUUCAACGAUGAAGAACUCACACCUUCUAAGCCUUUUAUAUACGAGAUUAAUGAUCCUUCCGAAAAAAGGAAUCAGAUAAUCAUACGACGACGAUCGGUCGAUUUACCAGGGGAAUCUUCUGUCUCUCGCCAAGCCCUGAUGCCGCCUACAUUCCCCUUUACUUCCGAAAGAUCAAGCCUAGCCUCGCAUUUUAUAAGGUCUACCAGGGGGAACAGACAUUACGACGUGCCGCAAAUCGAGUGUCCAGCCUCGGAGGAAGGGAUGGAGAGGUUUGCAUGUCCAACGCCGGACAGAAUGGGUAGAUAUCGUUGCAUCGACGACCAUGUUCUAUGCGACGGCUUUACGGACUGUCCGCAGGGCGAAGAUGAAAAUAUGCUGCACUGCAUGUUUUUCAAAACUACGAGAGCGCACCUCGACGUCUUAGCGGACGCUAUAUUGCGAUGGGCAAGAGGACGUUAAUUGCUUUUCAUUAUAAACGAUGAAUCUUCAUCGCGUAUAUAAUGCCUCAUCGAUGUAAUUUUUCUCUACUGCGUUAAUGCAUUCCCCGAAAACAGAUUACUUACUUCUAUCUCUCUUUUUCUCUCUCUCUCUCUCUCUCUCUCUCUCUCUCUCUUUCUCUUUAUCUAUCUAUCUAUCUAUCUCUCUCGUUCUCUACUUUCUAUAUUUUUCUUACAUUUUUUCU